UUUGUUCAGAAUUUAUUUUAAAAAAAUUUCUCUCGGUGGUAAGAGUUAUUCAGUGGAGAUCGGACAGCCGCAACGUUCACACUCUACAUAGGCUCAAGUGCAAAUAAGUGUUUUGACACAAAGUAAAUAUUUUUGAGGCGAAACUGAACGACGCGACGAUAUAAUAAUUCGCGUCUAGUUAGUAAAGUAUAGUUUUCCACCGUUCAACCAUGGUCUGGUCGAGCUUGUUCACCUUGACGAUCCUGAUCUGCAGUGGAAACGUGAUCAACGCGCACCUCGUGCAUAAACAGCGAGAGUUUAAGCGACAACAUGCCUAUUGGCAACUACGACAGCAACUAAUAACGAGUGAGAAACAAUCGUCCCUAGGCGGCAAGCUGAAACUCAAUUCCAUGGAAAUCAUGGCGAAUAAAGUCCUGAUGUCAUUUAAAGAUCGAGAGAUCAACAAUGGGUUUAGCAACGAUAGCUUUUUACCAUCGCGCAACUUUCUGGAGGUAAUACCGGAAGUCGAGAAGUCUGAAGUAUUUAAGAUCCUACGUGAGAUGCCCAAAGGCGCCGUUCUCCACGCUCACCAGUCCGCUAUGGUUUCGCUUGAUUAUAAGCUCAACAAUGUGAGCUAUCGCGAAAAUCUAUACGCGUGCGAUCAAAAUAAUAGUUUGCGACUUAAGUUCUUCAACAAGAAUCCCGACGGGACGUGCGAGUGGCAAUUACUGAGCGAGCUGCGACAGGAUCAACAGGCUGCAGCGAUUGAUGACAGAAUCAGGCGGUCGUUGACCAUGAUGACGGAAAAUCCAAGAAGCGACUACAGCACCGUUGAUAAGGCGUGGAAGAAGUUUAAUAGCAUUUUUGCGUUUAUGGGUUCCUGGCUGUCCUAUCGACCUGUCUUCGAAGACAUUUAUUAUCGCACACUACAAGAUUUCUACGAAGAUAAUGUGAUGUACGUGGAGAUGCGGGCGACAUUAACGUCAUUAUACGAUUUUGAUAGAGUCUACGGAUCGCUAGAAAUGGCGGGAAUCCUCAAGAACAUCACUGAUAGAUUUGUACGAGAUCAUCCCGAUUUUCUUGGCGUUAAAAUUAUAUAUGCGCCAAACCGUAACGUCAAUGACACAAGAGUAGAUGAAUAUCUGAACACGCUAAUGCAGUUGACAAAAUCAUAUCCCAACUUUGUAAUUGGUUUCGACUUGGUCGGUCAAGAGGACAAAGGACAACCUCUUAUAAAGUUCGCCGACAAAUUGAACGCCAUUAGUACAAAAAUUAAAUUCUUCUUCCACGCUGGAGAGACCAAUUGGAACGGAUUGUCCACUGACUUGAAUCUUUUCGAUGCUUUAUUGCUCAAUACUAAACGUAUUGGCCACGGAUAUGCAUUGACGAAGCAUCCACUUUUGUGGAACAUGGUGCAGCAAAGAGGGAUAGCGGUGGAAAUUUGUCCCAUUUCGAAUCAAGUUCUUAGCCUCGUGGAGGAUAUACGAAAUCAUCCUGCGACCACUUUGUUCGCGUCGGAUUCGCCUAUUGUAAUUUCCAGCGAUGAUCCCGGACUUUGGGGCGCUAAAGCGCUCAGCCAUGAUUUUUAUGAAGCCUUUAUGGGUCUUAUGAGUGCCAAGUCGGAUCUCAAGAGUCUCAAGCAAUUGGCGAUAAACUCGCUGAUCUACAGCAGUAUGAACAACCAAGAAAAAAGUAAGGCGUUGAUUCUUUGGCAGGCCAAGUGGGAAGCCUUUGUGAAGAAAUUGGCCGAUUUAUCACUUAAUAACAAUAGAUGGCAAAAAUUGCAGCCUUCUGUCCUGCAUAUCUAAUGCACAUAAUCAGUAAGAUGAAAAGAUAUAUGUAUAUCUUUGAUAGAAUAACGGAACAAUAUUAUUUAAUAUUACUUGUGACAAUAAUUAUUUGAUUAUUCAUAGAUAAUACUCUUGUGUUAUCGCAAAAUAUAUUUAUGUUCUUUCACUUUCUCAAUAUAGGUAUAUAAUUAU